AUGUCUGACGAACUUCCAAUUCUUCGUCCCCGCCCUCAAAGGGUGUUCAACCUCACCGACUCGUCCGAAUCGUCCACCCCCCCGGAGCCAGCGAAUUCCGAUACGCUGAAUCCCAAAGAAUCUGGCUCAGCCAGCAUUAGUCGGAAUGUGUCCAUUAUGAACUUGACAUCGCCAACAUUGUUUGGGAUUUACUCUCCGACAGCCUUCGAGAGCACUCGUGAUGAAUACAGUCCAUGGGGAACGGAGGCCCAUACCCCCAACCCAGAGAGUCGAAAGGUGCAACCCACAUCCACUAGAUCAGAGUCCGCUGCAGUUCGUCGAACUCGAACCCGACUCAGCCAUGGAUUAUUCCGCGGCGUGAUUCUGCCUCAGGCGCUCAAGAGCGCCCUGCUACUCGGCUUCGGUGUUAUCUACGGUAUUAUCACGAUUCAUUUGCACGAAAACCACUGGAUCACGCCAGUGAAGCUCGAAUACACCCAUUUUUACGGAUCAUGGCAAUACCUGGGAUUUUGGGGCAUUAUAGGAGUCACCCUAGGGAAUUUGCUCCCGUGGCUGGACUCCUUCCUGGAAAAGGCGGCAGCCAAAAGUGCGAAGGAAGACAAGCGACCGAGUUCCGAGCAGGACGCUACGGAACUUAACCUUUCGUGGGCCUCGGUGGUUCGCAGUGUUGGAGCCUUUGUUGGAAUCGCAUUUGCCAUGCGUCGAACUCCCUGGGAAUCCACUACUCAAGCCUCUGCUACGCUGGCUCUCGUCAAUCCCGUGCUUUGGUAUCUGAUUGAUCGCACCAAGACGGGCUUUCUCCUGUCCACCAUUCUCGGUGUUGGAGGAAUGGGUCUCUUGCUAGGCCUUAAGCCCGACUUGAUCCCUCCCUCGACAGAGCCUGUGGCUUCCACCAUGCCUUUCCUCAACGGCACCGGACUGGAAUCUACAUUCGGAGCAGGGGUCACACAAGAGAGCCUGGCGGUACGGAUAUGGGUUGCCAGUGUCCUCUUUUGUGCAUGUGUAUGCUUUGGAAACAUUGGCAGGCAGCUUGCCAUUGGAGGUCGAGAACCCCUGAAGUCGUGA